GACGGAAACGAGCCCCAACCCAACGAACAAGACGAAAUGAUGUGGUCCAAGAAGUUCUCCACCUGUUUGGUGAUAUGUCUGGUUCUAUUGGCAUGCUUCAUGCAGGAAACGGAGGCCACGCGACGCGUGAAUCGCGGACGACGCACACUAACACGCAGAUACUUUACUGGCCUUGCUAUACCUGGCUGGGCUGUAAUUACCUGCGUUGCUGUGGCUGAGCUAAUCCUUGGCGCUGCUCUCUACUUUGCCAUGUACAAGAUAAUUCUUGACAAGGAGCCAGAGCAGGCCAGCACCUAUACACCUGCACAGACGCACGAUCCAACACCUAGUACAGUGCAGCCAGCGCAGCCAGUACAACCAGUACAGCCAGCGCAGCCAGUGCAGCCAGCUCAGCCAAUGCAGCCAUUACAUCCAGUACAGCCAGUACCGGUGACACCAUCGCAUGCUACAAGCAUUGCCUAAACAGCCGGAAGCACUAAUCGGUAGCUCGUGUCAUUGAGUCAGGCAAUCAAUACCAAAGUAAACAUCAAGGAAAACACCUUACACAAAUUCUUGCGUUUUAUUUUAUUUAAAU